AUGCUCGGCUGCAGCAUUGCCACGGCAGGCGGCCUGACGGGCAUGGCCGACUUUCGCGCACGCCUUUCGCCGGGCGGCUUCGGCCCCGUUGUGCACGGCUUCGUCGUCGGGGCAUUCCCAGUCGGCUGCCUCGUGGGAUGUGUCUUGGCUGGCCGCUUCGCCGACACGUUGGGCCUGAUCCGGUCCAUGUUGAUGGCGGCCAUCUCGGCCUGCGUCGGUAUCAGCAUCCAGAUCGGCACCAUCUCCUCUUGGCCGCAGUUCGCUGCUGGCAAGCUGGUCGAGGGCUUUGCCAUCGGGGCGCUGUCGGUCAUCACCCCAAUGUACCACGCCGAAACCGCCCCUGCCAGCAUCCGAGCAAUGGUUACCGUAUCCUUCCAGAUAAUGGUGGUUUCGGGCAUUUUACUGGCACAGCUUGUCAUCUAUGGGACUUCGAACAUCCCGAACAGCCUGUCCUGGCGUCUCCCCCUUGCCCUCGAGAUACUGAUCGCCGUCCCGCUUGGCAUUGGCAGUUUUUUCCUCCCGGAAUCGCCCCGGCUUCUCCUAAGCCAAGACCGCGAGCAGGAAGCUAGGGUGGUGAUUGCCAAGCUCAACGACGUCGAUGUCUUCCACCCCACCGUUCAAGACCAGGUCCAAGCUUUUCACCAAAAGUCCAUCGAAGCCAAGAGCCAAGAACAGUUGAAGCGGUGCGAGUUGUUCACGGCGCCUGCCAUGGCCCGUCGCCUGUUGAUCGGCAUUAUGCUUCAGGCUGCUCGCCAUCGGUCAGCUGCUCUCGCCAUUGCCACGGCCGCGAACUGGACGGUCAACGCUGCCAUCGGCAUCAGCACGAGCCACAUCCUGGCCAAAAUCCACUUCAAAUAUGGCUACUUCUUUGCAGCGUCGUGUUUGGCUCUGGCUUUUGGGGUUUGGCGAUUCCUCAUCGAGCCCAAGGACCGCGCCAUGGAUGAGAUUGAUCAGUUGUAUCUCGAAAAGGCUGACGCUCGCAAGGCCCGUUGA